ACGCCCACCGGAGCGCGAGUUGGCCCGUUAUGCCGUUGGAGGCGCUGCUGGGGUUUCGAGCAUGUAGGGCAGCGCUGAGAAGCCUCCAGGUCGUCUACUGACGCUUUCACUGUCCUUUGAGCAGUGUCGAUGCAGCCGUCGCCUUGGAUGCGCCUUUGGUUGUGGGGCGUCAUCGAGCAGGUCCAACCAAGCCAGACCCUGUCACCCACGUUCUGUCCCAGCCAUCCUUCGAUAUGCAAUUCCCAACUCUUGCUGCAUCGGCCAACAGAAGCCGUCAUUGUGGCUGACUCUACCCACCAAUCUCAUAUCUCAACGCGCACCUCCACCAUCAUGCGUGGCCUCGGAGACUGCUCAAGUGGGUACAAGCACCACGGCGCGGCAUGCGUAGCCUUGUUCUCUUAUCUACCAAUGGGACCGACACGUGAGCGCGUCUAGCUUACAUGCAGGUACUGUGAAUCUUUCGCUCAUCGCCGCCGUCGGAGCUCUAACCAGAAGUCUGGGAAAUGUACCUUCUGCAUAUGGUAAGGACCGACUGGGGCUGCAGCGGCCUGGG